GGUCAAAGAAAAUCGAAGCCGGCAGAAUGCAGUGGCUUAAAAUGAAGCUUCGCUUUGUAAACUUGAUUUUACUAUUAAUAAGCUCAACAUGUGCCCAAUUGGGGGGCGAUCCCAACGGCUACCUCACCUACUGUCCUUGUAUGGGACGCUUUGGCAACCAAGCCGACCAUUUCCUGGGAUCAUUGGCCUUCGCCAAGGCGCUUAAUCGCACCCUGAUCCUGCCGCCGUGGGUGGAGUAUCGUAGGGGUGAACUACGAUCCCGGCAGGUACCGUUCAACACAUACUUUGAGGUGGAGCCCCUGAAGGAAUACCAUCGCGUCAUCACCAUGGCAGAUUUCAUGUGGCACCUGGCCGACGACAUUUGGCCAGAAUCGGAGCGAGUCUCCUUUUGCUACAAGGAACGAUAUAGCCUUAAGCAGGAGAAGAAUGAUCCAGACAAGCCCAAUUGCCACGCCAAGGAUGGCAAUCCUUUUGGUCCCUUUUGGGACACUUUUCACAUAGACUUUGUGAGGUCAGAGUUCUAUGCGCCACUUCAUUUUGAUGUGCACCAUAGCAACGAGGCUGCCAAGUGGCAGGCCAAAUAUCCUGCAGAAUCAUAUCCCGUACUCGCGUUCACCGGAGCUCCGGCUAGUUUUCCUGUUCAGCUAGAGAACUGCAAGCUGCAGCGCUACUUGCAGUGGAGCCAAAGGUAUAGGGACGCAUCUAAGGAUUUCAUCCGAGAGCAGUUGCCGCGUGGUGCCUUUUUGGGUAUUCAUCUGCGCAACGGCAUCGAUUGGGUGAGAGCCUGUGAGCACGUCAAGGAUAGCCAGCAUCUGUUUGCCUCGCCGCAGUGCUUGGGCUAUAAAAAUGAACGUGGUGCACUCUACCCGGAGCUCUGCAUGCUCUCCAAGGAGGCCAUCAUCCGCCAGCUAAAGAGAACCAUUAAGAACGUGCGCCAAACUCAGCCGGACAACGAAAUCAAAUCAGUUUUUGUGGCAUCAGACUCCAACCACAUGAUCGGUGAACUAAACACGGCCCUCAGUCGCAUGGGCAUCAGUGUGCACAAGCUGCCGGAGGAUGAUCCUUAUCUGGACUUGGCCAUUCUCGGACAGUCGAACCACUUUAUCGGCAACUGUAUCUCCUCCUACUCGGCAUUCGUGAAAAGAGAACGAGAUGUGCACGGUUUUCCGUCGUACUUCUGGGGAUUCCCCAAGGAAAAGGAUCGCAAGCAUACCAACGUGCACGAGGAGCUGUAAUGGAUCAACAGGAAUAUUUACUUAAAUACUCGAAUAGGCUAUUUUUCGGUUUUCUUUCCUAAUACUAGACAGUUUUAUUACAUUGAUUAAGCAAUAAUUUGACUUCACUUCUUAAUUAAGUAAGAUAAAAGUUUAACUUACAAAUUUAAUGAAUUUACUUUUGAAAGUUACCAAUAUUUAGUCCUUUUAACGAAUAUCAGUAUAGUUAUUGUUUAUUCUUUUAGCUUUAAUUCAUAAAAAGGAUUUUAAUGAAAACCGUUAAAUGCCUUCAAAAACUCUACAACUUAAUUGUAAGCUAUUAAAGUAUUCCUCGCAUUUAUCAAAA